AUGGACCAGGCUGACAUACCAGCGCUGCUGGCGCGCCUGUCCAGCGACGAGGAUGCCGCGCGCAAAAUGGCCGUCUUCAAGCUGCAGUCCUCUAUUAACGACCCAGCGUUUGCCGACGUCUUCAUAUCCUCUGGCGGUCUCGUGAUCCUGCGCCGCCUGAUCAUGAGCGCCGGCGGCAACACCCUCGCCUACUCGCUGCAGUCGCUCUCGCGCCUGCUCGAGGUGGACAUGGGCUGGGACAUUUUCGAGGGCCCCAGCGCGGGGGACCUGGUCGAGCGCAUCGUCGAGCUCAUCGUCACGAACCCGCUGGUUAACAUCCUCCGAGGCGCCAUGUCGAUCCUGGUCGCACUCGUCAGCCACUCCCAGUCCGCCAACGAGGCCCGCGGCACGCCGAGCAGCUUCGGCUUCCGCGCCUUGCGGCCCGCCAUCGCCGUGUUCCCCCAGUUCUUCGAGCUCGUCGUCCAGCAGCUGCAGAGCGCCGACCACGCUCUCUGCGCAAACGCCCUCAUGCUCACAAACGCCCUGAUCCGCGACGCCCUCUCGAGCAGCAACACGCCCGAGGGGACCUUUGAGGGCACCGGGGAGGAGUGGACCAAGAUCAUCAAGCGCCUGCACGACCUGGGACUGGUCAAGGCCGUCUACAAGAUCAUGCAGAGCUCGACGCUGCAGGACCUUGCGCAUCCGGUGCUGGAGUUCCAGGCUCUCAGCAAGCUGCUGCUCCGCCGCUGGCGAGAUGUGGCCGUCGAUGUGGACCGAUCUGAACACAGACGCACCCUGAAAGCGCUGCACCUGGCUAGCAACCCAGAAAAGAGCCCCGAGGUCAACGGGCACUCGAGAGACGACUCGGCAGACGGUAUGAAAAAGGAAGGCAGACGACACAACCCCGAUAAAUGGCGUCGACUGGGCUUUGAAACAGAGAGCCCAGCACAGGAGUUCGAAAUCAGUGGCUGCUUGGGUAUGAUGGACCUGUCCGACUAUGUGCGCAAGUUUGAAGAUAGCUACCAAAAGACGCUGCUGGAGCAAUCCGUCAAGCCUGCGCAGGAGCGAUGCCCCAUUGCGCACGCGAGCACGACCGUCACGAUGAUAUUAUAUGACCACUUUGAGGUGGACAUGGCCGACAUGGAGGACACCAAGGGAUAUCAAAAUUUAGAGGGAAAAGAUUACGAUCAGCUGUUCCGGCCGCUGUUGUUGCAGUGGUCUCGGCUGCACACGUCGGCGUUGCAAGCCUUUUUCCGCAUCUGGAAGAGCACCGGUGCGGAGACGGACGAUUUCGACAAGGUAGGCGAACUGGUGCGCAUCCUCGUGGAACACGUGGUGGGACAGUCAUCGCGCACACGGGACGUGCUCGAGGUAGAGGACGACAUGGCCGAAUUUGACGUGGCGCGCCUGCGGGAGCUGCAGAUGGAGCUGCUGGAGCAGUCCUUUGACGACACCUGGGGCGAGCACCUGUACCAGGUGCGCGAGACGCUGCGGCAGGAGGCCCUGCAGUUUGUCAAGGAGCAGCGCGUGCGAUGCCUGCUGCAGGGCUCGUGGUCGAUGCACCCUGUGGCGGCAGCGGGCCCCGAGCAGGGCAGCAAGAUCGGGGAGGGCGGCACGGAGCAGCAGCGGUGGCGGUUCGCCAAGCUGUCGCAUAACCGACGCUACCUGCACUACGCCGACUUUGACAAGCAGACGCCGCAGGACCCGGGCCUGAACAGCCUCACGGAGAAGAUUGACCUCAACACCAUCAGCUCGGUAGUGUCCAAUGUCUCAGCCAGCAACAACAACAACAACGGCGACGACCGGGCCAGCCAGAGCAGCGACUCGACGCUGCAGAGCCCGCGUGCCGCCCCACGCAAGACACCGCUGACGACGACCAAGAUCACCAUCUACAGCUACGGCGGCGGCGACCGCGGCGAGUACCCGAUCCUGGAGCUGUGGCCGGUCAACCACAGCCUGGCGUCGGAGUGGCUGGACGGGCUGCUGAUGCUGCUGAACCAGACGCCGAUCACGGCGGAGACGAGCAAGCUGGUGAACCUGGUGAGCGACUACGGGCUCAAGAUCCGGCUGUUGAACGUGCGGAUGGACGGCGCCCUGGAGGGGCCGCCGCCGGGGGCGGGCGUGGUACCGGGCCGGGAGGGCUUGGAUGAGGAUUACUUUUACGAGAUUUAG